CUCAUUUUGGUGCUGGGUAUUUUGCACACUCUUGAUUGCCUCUCUUCGGACAACCUUCUCAAAAGAUCAUUUUGGCAUUUCCCCUCCCAAAUUCGUAUAAAUUAUUUGUCACGAACAAGGACAGAGUUUGACCUGACAAAAGAGUGCAGGCGUACUAGGUAGGAAAAAGUUUGGUUGUAGUAUAAUAAAAGGGAGGGGAAAAGGCUACAAAUAAAAAUGGAUUCACCAACAUCACCAGCCUUAGCAAAACCUCCUGCAAAAUCAAGUAUGGAUAACUUGUUGGGUCUGCUCAGAAUUCGAGUCAAGAGAGGUGUCAAUCUUGCUGUCAGAGAUGUUCGCACCAGUGAUCCUUAUGUUGUUGUCAAGAUGGGUAAACAGAAAUUGAAGACCCGUGUCAUUAAUAAGGAUGUCAAUCCUGAGUGGAAUGAAGAUUUGACUCUUUCAGUCUCUGAUCCAAAUAUUCCAGUCAAGCUGACUGUAUAUGAUCAUGACAUGUUCAGCAAGGAUGACAAAAUGGGAGAAGCGGAAUUUGACAUCAAAGCAUUUAUAGAAGCUUUGAAGAUGAAGCUAAAUGGCCUCCCAAAUGGCACCAUAGUGUCUAGGGUGAUCCCGCUGAGGACAAACUGCCUGUCUGAAGAGAGCUGUGUAAUCUGGAAAGAUGGCAAGAUUACUCAAGAUAUGUGUCUGAGAUUAAGAAAUGUCGAAUGUGGUGAAGUCGAAAUCCAGCUUCAGUGGAUUGAUCUUCCCGGCAAAGGGUUAUAGAACUUACGCAUGCUUCAAUUCGGUGCAUCCACCAUUCUCUGUGGAUUAUAUGCCCGGUAUCAGCUUGCUGCAGUAUCAGUUUGGAGAUGCGUUUGGUUUCCUGGCCAUGUUUGAUAUGUUAAUCUCGUGGUCUGUCUACCUGUCUGUACAAGAAUUGUAGCUCAGUCACUGAAAAAUUUUGUUGGUUUUUCUUUUCUUUUCUACAUUUUUUUUUUUUGCCCUUUUGCUGCUAGACUAGAGGCAUCUGGUGAUUGUAACUACUGGAAUCUUUUGAUGCCUUUGCACUUGAUGCGGACAUUGUCCUGAAUCUGCAGAUAAUAUAUACUAAUCUGGUCCACCGUGUUUAGACAUA